AUGGAUCUGUCAGAACUUGGAGAAGCUGCAGCCUUCCUCAGAAGAAGCGAGACUGAUCUGCUUCGGCUACAGGCCAUGGCCUUUGAUGGGAAGAAAAAAUGUUGGGUUCGUGGUGGCAAGAGCUAUGUGGAGGCUGAGGUAAAAGGGAAGAAAGAUGAUGGAACGAUAAUUGUUGAGACCACACAUGGAAAUAGUCUGAAUGUCAAGGAGGACAAAAUCCAGCAGAUGAAUCCUCCAAAGUUUGAAAUGAUUGAAGACAUGGCCAUGCUGGCUCACCUCAGUGAAGCAUCUAUACUGCAUAUCUUGAAGAGGCUCUAUGACCAUUGGAUGAUCUAUACAUAUUCAGGUCUCUUCUGCGUGACCACAAACCCUUACAAAUAGCUUCCAGUGUAUCAGAAAGAAGUCGUGGCUGCCUACAAAGGGAAGAGGCGAUCAGAGGCUCCCCCUCACAUCUUUGCUGUGGCCGAUAACACCUUUUAGGAUAUGCUUCACAAUCAAGAGAAUCAGUCUAUACUCCUCACGGGAGAAUCUGGUGCUAGAAAGACUGUGAACACCAAACAUAUUAUCCAAUAUUUUGUUACCAUGGCAGCCAUGAGUGAACCUAGGAGAAAGCCGGGGACUUUAGAAGCUCAAAUCAUGCAAGUGAAUUCUAUCUUGGAAGCAUUUGGAAAUGCGAAAACCCUGAGAAAUGACAACUUCUCUCGUUUUGACAAGUUUAUCAGGAUGCACUUUGGUGCCAGAGGUACACUGUCAUCUGCUGACAUUGAUAUCUAUUUGCUUGAAAAAUCCUGAAUGAUUUUCCAGCAGCCUGGAGAGAGGAACUACCACAUAUUCUAUCAGAUUCUUUCUGGAAAGAAAGCACCUCAUGACAUGCUCCUGGUAUCUGCAAAUCCCUCUGAUUUUCACUUUUGCUCCUGUGGAGUAGUCACUGUGGAAAGCCUGGAUAAUGCUGAAGAAUUGCCACAGAACCAUCUGUUUCUCUUUUUGCAGCAAGCCUUGGACAUCUUGGGCUUUCUUCCUGAUGAGAAGUAUGGAUGCUGUAAACUCACUGGAGCCAUCAUGCGCUUCGGAAACAUGAAAUUUAAACAGAAACCUGGAGAAGAGCAACUGGAAGCAGAUGGUAUGGAAAGUGCUGACAAAGCUGCUUUCCUUAUGGGUGUUAACUCCUGUGAGUUGGUGAAGGGCUUGAUCCACCCUAGAAUCAAAGUUGGUAAUGAAUAUGUUACCAGAGGUCAAAAUUUAGAAUAGGUAAUCAAUGAGGCUGGUGCCUUGUCCAAGUCAAUCUAUGAGCGGAUGUUUAAGUGGCUGGUGGCACGUAUCAAGAGGGCCUUGGAUGCCAAGCUCAGGCAGUUCUUCAUUGGCAUUCUUGACAUCACUGGUUUUGAAAUCCUUAACAUGAGUAUAUUUAGUAAGAAUGAACAUAAUAGCCUUGAGCAACUUUGCAUUAAUUUUACCAGAAAAUUACAACAGUUCUUCAACUGGCACUUGUUUAUUUUGGAGCAAGAGGAAUACAGGAAAGAAGGCAUUGACUGGGUGUCCAUCGACUCUGGUCUGAAUUUGCAAGCUUGCAUCGAUCUCAUUGAGAAGCCAAUGGGCAUCCUUUCCAUCCUUGAAGAGGAAUGUAUGUUUCCAAAGGCUACAGGCAUGACUUUCAAGACCAAACUCUUUGGCAACCAUUUUGGAAAGUCGGUUUAUCUCCAGAGGCCCAAGCCAGAUAAGAAGACAUAUGAAGGUCAUUUUGAACUUGUCCAUUAUGCAGGAGUGGUACCUUAUAACAUCACUGGUUGGCUUGAAAAGAACAAAGACCUCCUUAAUGAAACAGUGGUGGCUGUAUUUCAGAAGUCUUCCAACAGACUCCUGGCAAGCCUUUUUGAAAAUUACAUCUGUACCGACAGUGCUAUAUCGUUUGAGGAGAAGAAACGCAAGAAAGGGGCUUCAUUCCAAGCGGUAGCAUCUCUGCAUAAAGAAAACCUAAAUAAAUUGAUGACUAAUCUGAUCACAGCACCUCAUUUUGUGAGAUGCAUAAAUCCGAACGUGAACAAAAUGCCAGGUAUAAUGGAUCCUGACUUGGUUCUACAGCAGUUGCGCUGUAAUGGUAUCUUGGAAGGAAUUAGGAUAUACUGUGAAGGUUUGCCAAAUCAACUGCUGUAUGCUGAUUUUAAACAAAGGUACUGCAUUCUGAACCCCAGAACCUUUCCAAAGAACAAGUUUGUGAGCAGCAGAAAAGCAGCUGAAGAACUGCUUGGCUCCUUGGAGAUAGACCAUACCCAGUGCCAAUUUGGAAUCACUAAGGUUUUUUUUAAAGCUGGAUUUCUGAGUCAACUGGAAGCAAUGAGAGAUGAAAGACUAUCUAAAGUCUUCACAUUGUUCCAAGCCAGAACACAGGGCAAACUGAUGCGAAUCAAAUUCCAGAAGAUUUUGGAAGAAAGGGAUGCACUUCUUUUGAUCCAAUGGAACAUAAGAGCUUUCAUGGCUAUGAUAAACUGGCCCUGGGUGAGGCUUUUCUUCAAGAUCAAGCCUCUUGUUAAAUCUGUGGCAGUGGGAGAGGAGAGAGCCGAACUGAAGGAAGAGUGGCAACUGCGAAAAGUCUUGGAGGAUUCAGAAUCUCAGACGGAGGAACUGAAAGCGAAGCAAGUUUCCCUCAUUCAGGAAAAGAAUGACCUUCUUCUUCAGCUGCAGGCUGAGCAAGAGACCCUGGCAAAUGUUGUAGAGCGGUGCGAGCCGCUGAUUAAAUCCAAGAUCCAGCUGGAGGCCAGAGUAAAGGAGCUGUCUGAGCGGGUGGAGGAAGAAGAGGAGAUAAAUUCUGAGCUGACUGCCAGGGGGUGGAAACUCGAAGAUGAAUGUUCUGAGUUGAAGAAAGAAAUCGAUGACCUGGAAACAAUAUUGGUGAAGUCAGAGAAGGAGAAGCGUGCUAUGGAGCACAAGGUCAAGAACCUGACUGAGGAAGUGGAAAUUCUAAAUGAGGAUAUUAGCGAACUUAACAGAGCAAACAAGGUGGUGCAGCAGGCGCAUCGGCAGCCCCUGGAUGACCUGCACCUGGAGGAGGAGAAGCUCCUCAACUUGAGCAAAGCAAAUUUAAAAUUGGAACAGCAAAUCCAUGAGCUUGAGAGUGCCCUUGAGCAGGAAAGAAAAGUGAGAAUGAACUGUGAAAGGGAGAUGUGCAGACUGGAGAGCGAUUUAAAGCUGAACCAGGAAAGUACGGACUUGGCCAGCGGCCAGCUGCAGCGAACGGAGAGGCUGAGGAAGAAGGAAUUAGAAAUGAGUCAGAUGAAUUCAAAGGCGGAGAAUGAGAAAGGCCUGGUGGCUCGACUUCAGAAGAUGGUUAAAGAUCUUCUGACUGAGAUACAGGAUUUGAAAGACAAACUGGAAGCUGAAAGGACCAUUCGAGCCAAGAUGGACAGGGAAAGAGCUGACCUUACCCAAGACCUGGCAGACUUGAAUGAGAGGCUAGAGGAGGUAGGAGGGGCCAGUUUGGCUCAGUUGGAAAUAACUAAGAAACAGGAAAUGAAAUUCCGGAAGCUUCAUUGAGACAUGGAAGAGAUCACACUGCACUUUGAGACAACUUAUGCCUCUUUGAAGAAGAGACAUGCAGACAGCCUGGCUGAGCUGGAGGGCCAGGUAGAAAAUCUGCAACAGGUCAAGCAGAAACUGGAAAAAGACAAGAGUGACUUGCAGCUAGAAGUGGAUGAUCUGCUGACCAGUGUUGAGCAGAUGACCAGAGCUAAGGCUAAUGCUGAGAAGCUCUGUAGUCUGUACGAAGAGCACUUGAAUGAAGCAAAUGCAAAACUAAACGAGACGACUCAGAUGGCCAAUGACCUGACAGCACAAAAGACAAAGCUGUGGAGUGAGAGCGGUGAGUUCCUAAGGAAGCUGGAAGAAAAGGAAGCUCUGAUAAGCCAACUUCACAGGGAAGAGAGCAACUUCUCUUGGCUGAUUGAAGAACUGAGAGGGCAGCUGGAAAAGGAGACCAAAUCAUAGAGUGCCCUUGUCCAUGCUCUGCACUCAGCCAGGCAUGACUGUGAACUUCUAUGAGAGCAGUAUGAAGAAGAGCAAGAGGUCAAGGCUGAGCUGCACAGGGCUCUAUCCAAAGGCAACACCGAAUUUGUGCAAUGGAGAAUGAAGUACAAAAAUAGUGCCAUCCAGAGGACUGAAGACUUGGAGGAUGCCAAGCGAAAGUUGGCUAUCAGGUUGCAGGAGGCUGCUGAAGACAUGGAGGUGACCAAUUCCAGAAAUGCCUCCCUGGAAAGGGCCAGGCACUGGCUGCAGCUCGAGCUCGAGGAUGCCCUGUCGGACCUGGGGAAGGCUCACUCUGCGGCUGCCAAGCGGGACCAGAAGCAGCAGCAGUCUGACGAGGCCCUUGCCGACUGGCAGCAGAAGCAUGGGGAGUCCCGGAUGUUGCUGGAUGCUUCUCAGGGGGAGGUCCAGGCUCUCAGCAGUGAGCUCCUCAUGCUCAAGCACGCCUAUGAGGAGAGCACCACGGGCCAGGAGACACUCAGGAGGGAGAACAAGAAGCUCCAAGAAGAGAUUUCUAAUCUGGCAAACCAGGUUAGAGAAGGAACCAAGAACUUAACUCAAAUGGAAGAGGUCAAGAAACUGAUUGAACAAGAAAAGACCGAAGUCCAGGUGACCCUGGAAGAAGCAGAGGGAGCCCUGGAACGUAAUGAAAGCACACUUCUGCAUUUCCAGUAUGAACUCUUGGAAGCUAAAGCAGAACUUGAAAGAAAGCUUUCAGAGAAAGAUGAAGAAAUAGAAAAAUUUAGGAGGAAACAGCAGUGUGCUUUUGACUCCCUGCAGUCUAGUCUAGUCUCCCUGGAUUCUGAAACUAGGAGCAGAAUUGAGGCUACCCAGCUGCAGAAGAAGACGGAGGGGGACCUCAGUGAGAUGGAACUUCAACUUAGCUGUACCAACCGGAGGGUGUCAGAGUCAACCAAAUCCCUGGGUCAGCUCCAGAUUCAAAUCAAGGAGCUUCAGAUGCAACUGGAUGACAGCACACACCUGAAUGGUGACCUGGAAGAGCAGGUGGCUCUGGCUGAGUGGCAUAACUCUCUUCCUCAGUCUGAACUAGGGGAGCUGAGGUCCUUGUAGGAGCAGAUGGAACAUGGGAGCAGGCUGGCAGAAGAAGAGCUCCUGGAAGCCACAGAAAGAAUCAUUCUUUUACAUACCCAGAGCACAAGUCUCCUCAGCCAGAGGAAGAGCCUGGAGGCUGAUGUUGCCCAGAUGCAGAAUGAAGCGGAAGAGGCGGUGCGAGGGUGUCAAAGUGCAGAAGAGAAGGCCAGGAAGGCGGCUGCUGAGGCAGCAAACUUGUCGGAAGAACUGAAGAAGCAGCAAGACACCAAUGCCCACUUGGAGAGGAUGAAAAAGAAUAUGGAGGAGACAAUUAAAGACUUACAAAAAAUGUUGGAUGAAGCAGGGCAGACUGCUCUGAUGGGGAGUAGAAAGCAAAUCCAGAAAAUAGAAUCCAGGAUAGGAGUUCGUGAAUUGGAAGGUGAACUGGAGGGUGAAAUUCAUCACAACACGGAGGCCCAGAGGGGAGCCCACAGACUUGAGCGAUGCAUCAGAGAGCUGACAUUUCAGGCCGAGGAAGACAAGAAUCUGAGCAGGAUGCAGACUCCAAUGGAAAAACUUCAGCAGAAAGUGCAAAGCUACAAGCAGCAAGUGGAGGCUGCGGAAGCACAAGCCAAUCAAUAUCUUUCCAAGUAUAAGUAGCAGCAACAUGAGUUGAACAAAGUGAAGGAAAGGGCAGAGGUGGCAGAAUCUUAAGUCAAUAAAUUCAAGAUUAAAGCAAAAGAGUUUGGGGAAAAAGACAAAACCUUGGGACAGCUUGAAAAUUUUACCGAAGGACGAAAAGGUGAGAUCAGUGACAGUUCCCUGGACCCAUAG